AACCCUGCAAAAUUCACAAGUUUGAAGUCACAUUUGGUGAAGAGUGUUCUUCUUCAAGGUUGAGAUUUUGAACCCUGCGAAAUUCAUACAUUCUCCAUCAAAAACCCUAGCCCGCUCCGAUUGAUGAACUUCUUCACGAAAGAGAUGGCAGCCCAGCUCCUCCGCGCGUCUCCGCCGCCAUCAAAAUGCGUCAUGCCACGGCAAAUCCUCGCCUCGCUCCGGCAAUCGUCCUUCUUCUACUCGUUAUCCUUCUCCAAGUGGAGGAACCCCCGGAGAGUCACGAAACCUAAACAGCCUUCGUCGGUUGUGCCCGACCCCUCGAAAUCUGAGAACGAAUCGAAGUCCCCCGACCGGCCAUGCGAGAUUCCGUUCUACUCAAAUGUGGCAAAUUCUGUGGACCUGAUCGGUUUCGUCGAAUCCCCUGUUCAGUUUGAGGUUUUGCCCUACGACAGGUAUGUGGCUAAGACCGUUGUUGUUUCUUCUGGCCGGGAAACAGUUGAUCUGGAAGGUAAUUCUGCUGGCCCUCUGGUUUCGCUUCCUCGGGUGUCCAUUCCAGUUGUUUUUCAAGAUGAUCUCGCAGUUAUGGCGAAAUGCCACAUAAGGGAGGAUGACUGUCUUUGCUUGUCUGGGCAGUUGAGUGGAGCCUACCUGUCUUUCGUCGCACUUGGUAAUCAUAUGAAUGUCUGUCUUCUGGUCCAGUCUGUGAACUUUGUGGGGAACUUGAAGAGGAGGAAGAAGGAGCCUGUUGGCAACAAAGAAGGCGACUCGUCUCAAAUGGAAGCUGAAAACAAUGCCGUUGAGCAGCAGAAUGAGGAGAGAAAAGGCCCGAAUAAAGGGUUUAGAAAGAAGACAAUGAAAGUGGAAGAGUGGAAGGAAUGGAGGGAGCUAAUCAACAAUGCAAAAGAAUGGAAGGACUAUCGCAGAAAGAAAUCCGAGGGAAGUGUGAAAAAUGGGCACCCAGAUUUCAAGCAUAUCCAGAGUGGCGCUUCUCUUUGGGUUUGCAGUGCACCUAAAUGGAUCCUACCCGGACUUGAAGGGCUGGAGUUCAACAAUGGUCCUUCUGGGAAGGCAAAAGCUAAUCAGAAACAAGAGGAGAAUGGAGGAGAUGAGCAUUGGAAGAGUUUGGUUCAGAAUCCUGGGAAAUGGUGGGACAACAGAUCACAUAAGAAGUAUGAAAGAUCGGCAGAUUUCAGACACAAAGAUUCAGGGAAAAGACUGUGGCUUGAUCGUGCGCCAGAGUGGGCAUUGUCCAAAUUGCCCCCGCCUCCGAAAGGUGGUAAAACUGCCUCUUGAUGCGUCUUUUUUUGGCAUCUGUGAAUUCCAUUCAUAUAUAUGUGGUUGGAUCCAGCAAUGAUGAUUUUCCAACCAAAUCUACUUUUCUAGUGAAUCUAACAAAGAUUGACAAAAUUGAUCAUUGUUGAAUGCCCAGAUUUUUGGUGGUUCUGGAUUGUGUGUUCUCUAAUCUUACAUAACCGGUUCUGCAUUGUUACUUUGUCAAUCAAGCGUUUUUGACAUA